GUCUGUGUUUGGGUGAGCGAGUAAGUGGAUUCGACAAGAAGAUUUGCAAGAUGUAUUUCCGUGCAUUCCUGCUGCUGUUGCUGGCCCUCUGCGUUGCUGGUGACACGUGCCCUGAGACAGACCAGAUUCGCUGCAAGGACAGGAAUAGAUGUACCAGGAUUCGCUACAUCUGUGACGGGGACAACGACUGUGGUGACCGCUCUGAUGAGGACUCCAUCCUGUGUGAUGCGUGGCUAAACAGGGACUGCAGCAGGAACGAGGCCAGGUGUUACCGGUUCGGCUCCACUGACUGCAUGACCAUCCAGCGCUACUGUGAGCUGACUGAUCCCCCCUGUGAGGGCGACGUGGACCCCCGCCUUUGCCAGAUGCUGAAGGACGGCCAGCUGGACGACCUGGACUCCAUCGUCGUGACACGCAUGGUGGAGGCGACUGGGGACGAAGGCAUGACUGAGCUGGGGGUGGCGCAGGCUAUGGGAGAGGAGUUUACAGCACAGGUCAGCCACACCAUGCAACACGCCGAAUGCCCUCAGCUGUUUACUAAAGUUGGGGAUGCCUGUAUCUCCGUUUUCUAUCCUGGCAAUUUGACGUGGGGCGAGGCUCAUCAAUUCUGCCAUUCGAUCGGGGGCGAGCUGCUCAACCUGAACCGUGACUACUCCUUCUUCGCCACCCUCGUGCAGCACCUGAAGCAGCACCAGAUGACCGUUGACUUCUGGCUGGGAGGAACUAGACAAAAUGAGACUUCUCCUUGGAUCUGGCAGGACCGCUCCCCAAUUGACGUCAGCCUUCCCUACUGGGCCAUCAGGUACUCUGAAGGAUGCUCACCACGGCUUGUAGAAAGUGUCCUGAACAACGCAACACGCCUCGCCAACCAGGGGCACUGCUACCACUUCAACAGGGCCCCAGCUGAGCCAAUGCAGGGACAGUGCCUGGCCCUUACCUAUGAGAGCUACUUCCAGAUGUCAGAUGAGCACUGUCUUACCUACAAGAGCCCUCUGUGUAUCUUGGAGAAGCACGAGGACUAGACAGCAGGUACUUGUGUAGAAGGCACUGUAGAUACGUUAGGGAAUGUUGCUACAGAAUUUUGGGUGCUGGCUACUGAACAGUGUUGAGGUAUAGAACACACUGCUUAGCUUUUACUUAGAGGAAAUUGAGGAACUAGAGAACACAGCAUAUUAGAGAACAGGACGGACUAGAGAACAGUGCUGGGGGAUAUAGAGAACAGUACUGGAGAUAUAGAGAACAUUUAGAUAACUUUAGUGAUGAGAUAGGUGAACUAGAGAACACGUAGAUUAGAGAACAGUGCCAGGGAACAGUGGACACAGACUAGAGAACAGUGCUGGGGAUAUAGAGAGCCUUCAGAUAACGAGUGAGGAAAAGAAAAAAAAAUAGGAGUACAUGAACUGGAGAACACAGAAUGGACUUGAGAAAACAGCACCCUUUGUAGUAACAUCUGAAAUUUUUGUAGUUUUUGUAGUAACCAGAAAAUUUGUAGUUUUUUGUAGUAACAGCUGAAAUUUUGUAGUUUUUUGUAGUAACAGCUGAAAUAUUCAGUUUUGUAGAAAGAAAUUGUACUUUUGUAGAAACCAUUAAGAAAUUGUAGUUUUUUUGUAGGAACAGCUGAAAAUUUGUAGUUCUUUUGUAGAAAGCAGAUUUAUUGUUUCUGUAGUAAAGAAAAUGUUUUUUGUAGUAGCUUGAAAAUUUGUAGUUUUUUGUAGAAGCAAAUGAAAAAAAAAUAAAUGGUUCCCUUUUAAA